AACCCCAACCCCGCCGUUCUCCAGGCUCUCUUGGCCUAUUACAAUGAGAGAUGCCAUGAUGCACCACCAACCCUCCGGCGCCAUAACCUUGAGCGCUACUCCCCCAACGCCAGCGUCUCCGGCGCUAUCUGGGGCAUUUACGAGACCCCCCUCACGGCCGCUAUACAGGCAAACCUCCUGCACAACAUCCAGACUCUUCUCAACGCAGGCGCCGACCCCAACGGCAUCAGUGCCUUUGAGUUGAAUGAUUAUGCGGUGCGGUUUAUCCGCGGCCGGGAUCCCAAGAUCGACAUGUCUAGUUUCGCUCAUUGUCCGGACCGCGCGACUGUCUUGGCCAGUGCCCAAGGGAAAGGGAUUACAGCGCAGACUGCGCCAUUAACGGCAGCGGAAAUUGAGGAGCGACGGGGAGGUUUCCCGCGGUUCUGGACCGAGCCGAAUGUCCCGGGUCAGCGCUUGCGGAUGAAUGCGGCCUUGACGGCGCUGGAGGUGGCGGCGGGGAUGGGGAU